AUGAUAUUAUUAUUGUCACUUCUUGGUGUUUUAGGAAAUACAUACUAAUUACUGAAAAUGAUUGAAUUAGAAGUUGCCAACAAAAUUUCUGAUAAAUUAAGCUUAGAAAAAAAUGAUGAAAGCUAUUUAUUAGUUUUCUAUUUUGAAAAGCCAAACUAUCCUUUGGCUCUUGUGUCGAAUGAGAUAAUUUUGGACCAAGACUUCAAUAGAACAACGAAACCAAAAUUUAUUUAGAGUAGAAAAGAAAUAUAUUUUGACUUUGAGUCCAUAUAGACACAUAAUAACAUACAUUAAAUUGAAAUUCCUUAAAAUAAUGAUGUGUAUUAUUAUGUUUAAGAUGGAUUUGGACCUUUUAAAGUAAGAUUAGAAGUAUAUUCUAAAACUUUCUCUUAAUGUGUUAACAACUGUUAAGGUUAUUCUUUGAAUAAAAUAAUAUAAAAUGCAAGUUGUAUAUCAAAAUGCGAAUGUUAGAAUGGUUUUUUUGGAUCAUACUGUUAAUUUGAACUGUAAAAAAUUCAAAUAGAUGUGCAGUAUAAAAUGUAAUUAAUUGGUUAUAAGAUUGUAUAUUUGUCUUUUUAAUAUCAUGAAUAAAUUGUCUUAAUGGCUGAGGAUGUGAUUGAACCUAUAAGUAAUUUAUUUUUAAAUAUUCAGCUUUAAGUUUUGGAAUUUUAGGUGUAAAAGGUUAUGAAAUUCCAGAUUAAAUAUCAUACACUGCAAUUUUACAUAAUUAACUAAGUCUCACAAAGUUGAUGCAAAAUUUAAAGCAACACUUUUAGAAUUCUUCAAGUUUAAUAAUUGGUUUACAUUGUAAAAAAAAUUAAACAUUUAAAUUAACUUUAAAAUAAGAAUAAAUUGCUAAAAUAUUAAAUGGGAAUUGGUAAUUUGUAAUACUUGCUUCCUUUAAUAUAAUAAUUAUUAUUAUUUGUUUUGGAAUCACAAAUAUAUGUAAGAAAAAGGAUAUUUAAAAAAAGAAGAAAAAAUUAAAGAUAAAAAUAAGACCACCAACAUUAGAGGAAAAUCCAAAAAAUUUUAGUGGAUAAUUUUUUUCUAAAUAUUUUGAAGUUUUUGAUUAUGAAGAAUUGAUUAAAUAAAAUCAAGAAUAUCAAUCAUAUACAUAAUGUGUAGUAUGUUUAGAUAAUUUAAAUCAAAAAGAAAUUAGUAUAAAUGUUUGUGGACAUAUUUUUCAUCAUUUAUGUUUAAAGAAAUGGUUGAUGAAAGUAUUAACAUGUCCAUCUUGUAGAUAAUAGAUUACUUAUUAAUAAGUGAUCUAAGGAGGUUGGUUAGGAAGUAAACUUUCUUAAAGUCCAUUACAUCUUUAAAAUAAUCCAUAAUCAUUAUUAGUUAAUGAUAGUAAUAUUAUUAUUUAAAAUAAUGAAAAUAUAGGAAUUAUUGAUGAUAAUUAGGAUUAUUGA